UUCUUGUCAGUGCACUGAAAAAAUCUACACAUGUGUACAUACGCUGCCUCUAAAAAGCAACAGAAAGGGUCUAAACAUGAAACUCUCUUGGCUUGUGAUCUGUGCUGGAACACUGUUUUUGAAUCCAGUCACUGCUGACUGCAACAUUACUUCUCAAACAGUCACUUGUGAGGACUCUGGAAAGAACCUCUCUAAUAUCCCCACUAACCUCUUCCAAAACGUUACUAAAUUAAGCCUCAAAAAUAAUAAAAUCUCUUUAAAAGAUAGUGACAAAGAGAUUCUUCGACACUUUAUUAACCUCACUGAACUUUAUAUGAAUGAAAAUGUUAUUACUGUAUUGUAUAAUAACAGCUUCUGCAGUCUGACGAAACUUUUAAUUCUGGAUAUCAGCAACAAUCGUAUUAGCACAGUUCAUAAUGCAGCAUUUGCAGGAUUAAAUCAACUGGCAAUGUUGAAUCUAUCCUAUAACAGGAUUACUCAACUAGAUUCAGAUGUAUUUACUUCUCUAAAAAGUCUGACAAUUUUAAAUCUGCAAUAUAAUUCUCUGAAGUCUUUUCAUAUAAAACCACCUCUCAAACUGAUUAAAAUCAUUUUAGCUGGAAACCCAUGGAACUGCUCCUGUGACCUCCUUGAUUUACAGAUAGGGCUUACUGCCUCUAAUAUGACAAUGGAAAAUGAAAACAGCACUACAUGUACAUUCCCGAACACGCAGAAAAAAUUCUCCAUCAAGACAGCAGCUAACCAACCAGCUGACUGCAAAAUUGAAGAAGCUUCAUUAGAAAACACUAUAACUUCCAUUUCUGCCACUGAGCUUGAAAGUAGUGCCUUACUAACAGCUCUGACUCCAAACAACGUCACUGGAAACAAUGGAACACAUCCAGAGUUUCCACUUCUUGGCAAAAGUUGGACCUUCCUAGUGGGUGUCCUAGGGUUUGUCCUAAGCACUACACUCCUGAUUUUUACUGCUGUAAAAUGCCCGACGUGGUAUCACUAUUUGAUCAGCUACAGUCACCAUCGCCUGGAAGAAAAUGACUCGGAGAUGUCUGAACAGGAGUUCUCAGCUGACAUGAGUUCUCUUCCUACAGUAUCGGGUACAAACAAUGAAGAUCCCAUAGUAACAUUUGAGAAAAUUCAUGCAUUCGUCCCUGAAGAAGAUGGAUUUAUUGAAGAUAAAUACAUAGAUUCUUACAUAACUGAGGAGAGCUAAUGUCUUAACAGAUGAUGAACUGACUUUUCAUAACUGCAGGACACUUGUACUUCCAUAUUACACUACUUAUGUACAAUACAAAAUUAAGCUUAGCAGUCCAUCUCCUUUCAUCUCGUCAAAACCGUACCAAGGUAUCGCUGCAUGAAUCAUGAAGCUAAAUAAUGUGGUGAUGUGCAUGUGUUAGGGCCACAACAAAUAUUUCUAAACCUGCAAAAAACACUCAUAAUCCACCUUCUAUGAAAACUUAUUUCGCUAUUUAUGGUGGGAGAGAACUUACUGUAUAUUGCUUAAUAUGAACAAGUCUUUACAAAAUAGCUUGGGAAGCUGGCACACUGACUAAUUCUUUAUAUGUGAAGAAGUCCAGAAAGGAAGAAUAAUUUCUCUAAAAUGUUGAAGCAGACCACAGCCAGACCAGGGACUGAAGCCAAAUCAAUGGUGUUGCAGCUCAGUAGUCUAUUAGGCAAAACUAACACAAUCAGAGAACAGAGCAUUUGGGGUUUUUUCUGCUCAAACUAACAGAGAAAGAAUGAUCAACUGCUCCAUGCCCUUAAAUGUGUCUACAUACAGUACAACAAUAAAUUAUCAUUACUGCACAUUUAAUGCCUUUAUGCCUCAGUUUGCUACUGAACCAAGCUUUUUCUCUUCAUAUUUUCUUAACAUUUAAAAAUGCAUUCAGGGGUAGAACAGACACAGUUGCAAGCUGUUGAAAACCACAGUAUUAUUGAAAAGUGACUUAUUAAAUGGUGAAUUGUUUUUAAAAAGUGCCUAUUUAUACAUAAAAUCUCAUCAUGGAGACUGCUCUUACCAGCAACAAGCAGGAUCAUAUCACCUUCUCCUGCACGCCUCUUGUCCCCUAAUUAAACAUCUCAGAAACUCACCCUCUCAGCCUAUCACUACACAAGACACUCUCAUGGUUUACAGUUCUUACCGCAAGCAUCUCACUGUCCUCAUCUUCUCCUCCACACACCCUUACCUUACCAGACAGGAAUCUCUGCUCUAUUUCCCACUUCUGCUUCCUUUCCCCACUCUGCCACUCCACAACACAACCUGCAAAACUCAGGAACUUGACAGCAGGACUGCCACCUAACUCCUCCUGGAUGACAUGGUAAGUCACCCAGAGCAGUUACUCAGAAGAGUUCAAAGCUGGGAACUCCAGCUGCAGCCUGGUACUGAUGUAUCAUCUUGAAAUUGCUCAGGUAUCACUUAGGGCAUGCAUCACACUUUUAAGGAACUUCUGUGUUAGAUAACACCUCAAUUUUGCCAAGUUCAGUUAUGAUUUUAACAGCUUUGGAGAAGCACACACUUCAUGUACUUACGCUUGUCUUUCUGUGAAAAUUUUAUCCACACUGUGAGCGUCUCGGUCAUUCUGAACCUUUAACUUUAAAAAAAAAAAAAAAGAUAUUUUGAUAUAAUAUAUAAUAAUAAAGAUACAGAUUUUAUACACAAAUUCAAAGCUUCCUUUAAAUGAGUAAGAAGCUGCUCAGAAUACAGUAGAAAAAGGAGCAGCAGAGGCUGCCUCCUCCAGAGGUUUUUUGCAGUUGAUACUGAAGAAAGACCUUCUGAAAUUGCAGUCUUCAGAAAGUAAGAAGGCACCUCUAUGUUUGAAAAAGAAAUACAAUCAAGUUUGUAACAAAUCAAUUCACUUACUAUUACUGUGGGAUCUAUUCCUGGAACACUUAGUAAAAUACUGUUUAAGCCUACAAACAAAAUGAAAAUGUAACACUUGCAAAGCAUUCAUUUCAUCAUGACAGAGACAUUGUGACUUUAUUUUUCAAUCAAAUCCAGGGGAAAAAAAUUGCUUUGACCAAGAAAUACUCAGGUGGUUUUUACAGCUACCAGAAUAACCUUCUCUAAAACUACUUUCCUUUGCUUAUGGACAAAGUGAUCAGGAGAAAUGGAACAUGCUUAAUGUCACUCAAGCCUUAAUACUUGGAGGAACA